ACUGAGCAGCUAUAUUUUUCAGAGAAUACUUGGAUAUUACGUUUUCACUGGCAUUCAAAACAGGAUUUGGGUUGGGUGUGAAGUUGUGAAUUUAUAGACAGAUAAAUGAAAAUUAUUUUUAUCAUUGGUAUAUUAUGUAAGUUGCAACUAAUCUUUCAAUUAGGCUGAGCAGCUGAGUUAGUUUCAGGUCGAGGUAGCAUGGCGUGACGGAAUGUGUAUUGCAAGACCUGCCACUGGAAGGUUGAAAAUUGUUUUAGCAUAGUUCAAGACUGAUAACAGUUGACAUGAACCAACAUAUGUGGUAUCCUUGCGACGACAACCGUGAUGAAGUGCGCGUGGCGAUGCCCAUUUCGACCGAGCAUCGGGGCGAGUUUGAGUUCCGCUCUCUCACUCCCGGCGACAUCGACACCGUCCGUCGGCUAUGCAAGGAGUGGUUUCCCGUGGAGUAUCCGGACAGCUGGUUCCGCGAUAUCUGCACCAACAGCAGGUUCUUCACCCGCGUCGCCUGCUACCAGGCCACCAUCAUCGCCUUCAUUGUGGCAGAGGUCAAAAUCUACGCUCUCCUGACUAAAGAGGAGCGCAGUAUGCUGGCUGCUUCCUUCCCACGACGCACCCAGAUGGCGUACAUUCUCAGUCUUGGCGUGUCGGCCGAGUACCGGCGGCGCGGCCUGGCCUCGCAGCUGCUGGGUCUGCUGCUCAGUGAACUGCGCACGGCCGAACACGCAGACUGCCGCGCCGUCUACCUGCACGUGCUCACCUCCAACAGCCCGGCGCUGCGCUUCUACGAGCGGCACAAGUUUAGGCUUCACACGUUCCUGCCGUACUUUUACAAGAUCGACGGGAAGUAUCGUGACGGUUUUCUGUACGUGUACUACAUCAACGGCGGACACCCGUCUUACGGCGCGCUCGACUAUGUCGUCUACGCCUUCAGCCUGUUCUACGAGUUCAGUCCGUGUGCGGUGGCCCGCGCCGCCGUCCGCCUGCUGCGCCGCGCCGUCAAGUUCGUGCUGCCGCAGGGCCGGCGCACCACAGAGACGAUCGCCUGUCUGUCGUAACACGCGGCCAGAGCGGGCCGGGCGCUGCCGGGCUCAGAGGUACUCCUGCCCUGCCGUCCGGCGACGCUAGUUGUGAUAGGAUUGUGACGAUGCAAAAUUGACGCCUCACAGUGGAAACCAAUGAUCAAUUCCCUUUUUUCCAAAUGCUGCAUUUGGAGUUAGGUAUCCCAUCAUUAUUGGUGUAAACUGCAAGUUUGACCUUUCUUGUUUCCGAUGUCCGAUGCCGCUCGGUAGUCGGUGUUUGGUUUGCCCCCACGGGACCUGUUCAUUGUUGCUCCAUGCUGUUUGGCCGUAGCGGGUAAUGCACCGCUAUUAACGUUGGUCACAUUUGGGUAUUAGCUGUUUCGCCCCGUACAGUGUUGUAAUCUGAUAUUAGAGCUCCAAAUAAGUCACGUGACGUCAUUUUUACAAACUGUUGCAAUGUAUCAGCGAAACUGCAUUGGCCGCUGCGCUGAGAGCCAGUAUUGGCUGGCAGGGGCGGUGCUGACCGGUUUAUUGGGCGUCCUACUGUCGCACUAGGCGACAGCCAGUCAGCUAUUGCACGAUAUCAUUGGUGUACCGGUCUGCCGGUGCGCCUGGGGAUGCAUUUACCUCGCCCUGUGUGCCGCAGCUCAGUGCGGCUCGAUGCAAUCCUCGGACGCGUCGUAUAUCACUCGUUGUAUUUGCGGUCUACGCCGUUAUCCGUUUUGCGGCCGGAGAGGAUAUUUGGCUGUAGCUCUGUUGGGCACUGUGCCGGGCUCCCUGUGCGGCGGACACUGGCCCGGUCCGGCGGCUGCUGGUAUGUAUCUCCAGAACGGCUGCGGUGCAGUGCGAGCGGGAGUCUGUUUUCAGAGAUCCAACUCUGCCCCUGCUUUCAUUGAUCAUGUUGGAUUUUCCCCAUGUGGCGGUAUUUGUGACAAUAUUUGUCCUCCCCGUUCGGUCGCGAGUCGGUUUGGCCGUGCCUGUUACCGUGGUGCGAGAUGUGACUGUGAACAUUACCCAAUGGGUGGGCGCAGAUGGGUUGUGCGCUGUCACCAUCGGCGGCACUGAGGUGGGUCGGCGGCCGGCGCGUCAUUCAUGCUCACCACUCGCCAGCGCCGCGCCGCGCCCCACGGGCCGUGCGUGCCCCGCGCCAGCCGGCCGUGCAGAUCUCGAGUCGUGUGCCUUGUGGGCGGCCCGCCCGCUGCCGGCGCGUGGCGGCCGACCGUUCAUCCUCUGCUCGCCGCCGGCCGAAACGCGCAGAAUAUGUGAGCUCGCCGUUUGGAUGUUCGCUAGUCAGCUCUACUUCGUGCUUGUAAUCCUCCCGAUCGUGUGGGUUUUAUGUUGUACUCGAAGGGUCAUCCUUUACCAUCCAAACGCCUGUAUAUUUCUGUCGCCAAUCAGCCGUACAACCGUCGUUGCUACAUGUGAAAUGCCACGAUGGACUUUCAAUCAUGUAUUGCUUAUCAUUUUAGUACCAUUAUGUGAUUAGUAUGAGAUUCGUGUUAUCGUAUCAAAUCAUUUUCCGGAGUGAAUUGUGGCAUUGUAUGGAGGACUUGCUGACACGCUUAGAAAUACAUUAUGUAUGUUUACC